AUGAGCAGCGAGCCUUUGACAGGCAGAGAGACCACCUGUAAGUCUGUUUUCUUUAUUUUCCUCUUUUUUUUCUGUAGAAAUCCAUGUUUUACUUUGCUAACUUUCCUGUUACACACACAGUGAUGUAACUUGUUCACUUACUGUUUAUUCAUGGUGCAAAUCUGAUGCUAUGUCCUUUAGAAUAAAGUAUAUUUAACAUUUGGUAUUAGCCAAAAAAAUGCUUCAUUCAAACAAUGCCCCAUGAUGCAGUGCUGUGAGCUAAUACUAGUGUGUGCAAUGGGUGAAACUGGAACCUUUGUCAGCCAUAAAAACAAAAGUUGUAACACUUUUAUACCAAGGCUGUAGUCUUAAAAAUUUGCUGACUGCUUUUUUACUGGUUUGUCCUUUUAAUGGUUGUUUUAUUUGUGCAGCUGAUUUUUGAAUUAGUUGUAACUGAGUCCUUUGUUGUAGCCCGCCAGCUUAAGUCAAUUUUCUAUAUGAAUCGUUCACUUGAUGGUACGAGCACCAAAUUUGGCACUCAAGUGCUUCGGAACCUACUCUCUCAGAAAAGUACGCUAUCCAGCUGAAAAUCCAAGAUGGCCGCCAGUUUUCAAGAUGGCUGCCUUGCUAAAUGCAAAAUUUGAGGGUUUCGAAGUAGAACUUGAAUGAACACAAAUGUGUUAAUGAUCCAAAUAUCAAAAUGAAUGUUUUCUGACAAGAAGAACUCAAUGAUGUCAAUUAAAUUCCAAUAUGGCCGCCGGUUUUCAAGAUGGGGGCGAUUACAUCUCAAAAUUAGCAUUUCCGGAGGCAGUCUGUUCACAGAUAAUUAAGUCAUUAAUGAAAAUGCUGUGGUCAAACUCUAUUGGUUUGUAUUUAUUUUUUAAGAGUGAUGUCAAAGCACAACCAGGGCACACUGGUGACAUCACUGCUGUGAAACUCAGCAUGGGGUUCAGUGUCAGCCUGUAGUGUACUAUGGCUAGUGGUGUACUCACUGUCGUAUACUUUAGUGUCCCAAAUGCUACCUAAUAAGCCCCUGUAUAUAUCUCAACUAUUAGUUUAGUUAGUUGUAUUUUGUAGUUAGGUAGCUGCACCUGAAUCGACAGGAUGUGCCAGCGCGGGCUUCAAGCCUGAAGGCUGAAACAAGGUCAAACAGAGGUAAGGGAGGUUGACGUAGAGUGGCAGACAAAACCAAACUACCAACCAACUGGAAAAGCUCUCUGAGAGACAACAACAACAAAACCGAGCUCUUCGAGUUCCUAGCUGACAAGAUUGUGACCCUGUGUCCUGACAAUGUCAUAGUUGUAACCAAAGGAGAGCAGGCUCUUUCAAAUAAACCCAUCAGCCUUAAAGGUGUAAGUCUUGCAACCAUGAAGAAGCUGACUCCAGGAUCUUCACCCAGGCUCUUGAUGCAGCCAACAAUAGAAGAAGUCUGUGUUGAUUAAGGCAUGCGACACAGACAUUCUUGUUGUUGCAGUCAAUGUUUUUUGAGGCCCUAAAGGAUGCAGGCUUAGAGAUGCUUUGGUUAGAAUUUGGCCAGGGUCAGUCCAUUAGGUGGUUACCAAUUCAUGACAAAGGCAAGAAAACUGCAUGGCAAGCAUGGGAGGUUUUCCCUGAAGUGAGCCCUAUUUUCAAAAGGCUCAGUCAAUACCCACCUAUCAUUGAAGAUGCAGACCUCAACAUCCUUGAGAAGUUUGUCAUCAUCAUGUAUGACAAGCACAGCAUUACAGACAAGGUUGAUGAGGCAAGACUGGACUUGUUUGCUCGGAAGCAAAGGUCUUAUGAUGCCAUUCCACCGACAAGCGCAAAGCCCUGCCAAUUGGGGCUUGCAAAAGAUGAUGAGGUCUUGCAAGUUCUCUGGACAACCCUUCCACCCAUUGUUCAGACUUGUAAACAGUUAACAAAAUGUGGCUCCAAGACUGAUUGCAGAGGACGAUGCAAAUGCUAUCGAUUCGGCCUGAAGUGUACACAGUUGUGUGCCUGUGAAUGUGAGAACUAAAAAAGAAAGGACUAAGAGAGAGAAACUAGCAAUGUUUUUUUUUUUUAUUUGUAUACAUUAUCGUUUAUGUUAUAUUGAUUCAAGUUCUGAAUCGUAAAACAUGCAGCCUCUGCUUUGACACAUUUUUUGCGUUUUCUCAAAAAAAAAAGAAUUAAAAAAAAGAAAAACAACAACAACAACAAAAAAAUAUAUAAUAACAUUGGGGGAGAAAAAGACAGCCUCUACGUGGCCUCCCCUACAAGUAGCUUACAGGUCCAAAAGCUGAAAGUGAAACUAAUGUUUUUAAUGCAUCUUUUAGGAAAAUGCUCAAUCAUUCUGAUUAUUUUGUGGCCAUUUUUAAAUGUGUCCUACCACAUGUUUCUACAUUGAGUGGUCAUGUUCCUAGACAUAUCCAUCAGAAACUUCACCAUAAGCCAGUGUUUUGCAUUUAAUUUCGAUUGUAUCAUGUUAAUAUUCAAUCAUCUUGAUUUUCAAAAUACAAAAUUAGAUUUCUCAUACUCAAAAACACAUAUUUUGAUGUAAAUGCCAUCAAAAUAGGAUUAUUCAAUCAAAAUAUAGUUCAAAAACUGUUUAAAACCAGUUUGAAUGGCAGCCAUCUUGAAAAAUGGCGGCCAUUUGAUAUUUUCAAGUGGAUAGCAUACUUUUCUGAGAGAAUAGAUUCUGAAGCACUUGUGUGCCAAUUUUGGUGCUUGUACCCUCAAGAACAAUCGUUUCACGAAUCUGCUGCACUAUUGUCGUAUACUUAGAUGACAUCAGCAGCCGCUAGAUGACUGUGGCUUUUUCUAUGCUAACACUGAGUAAAAUCAUGAUUCCUCUUGAAGCACACUGCAGUCUGAUAUACAUGCUUAGACCCAAAUGGUCCAAAAUACACAGUGUUAAGUCAGUUUGGGCAUCAAACCACGUUUUGCAAGUGAAUUGGCGCUUGAUCCAUACACAGAGGAUUGAUGAAGCUCGUCCUUGUUCAUAGUAUGACUGAUUCUUGCAGCUGGAUCACAUGUGUAUUUUGCAUCGCUGCUUAAUGAAGGUGACAUGGUCAGUGGCACUAAAUGUAAUGUUGGGGAUUGUGAAAAAACCAACAAAAACAAGCUUAGUUGUGCUUGAGAGAGUGUGUUUAUUACCUCCGCCAAGGAGGUUAUGUUUUCGUUAGCAUUGGUUUGUUUGUUGGUUUGUUUGUUUGUUUGUUUGUUUGUUUGUUUGUUUGUUUGUUUGUUUGUGAGUUUGUUUGUCUGUUAGCAACUUUACGGAGAAAGUUACAGACGGAUUGACCUGAAAUUUUCACCAGAGGUGCGUCUCAGCCCCACGAGGAUCCCAUUAAAUUGGUGGUGAUCCGGACAAAAUUCUGGAUACUGUGACCCAGAACACACAAAAAUAAGGGUGUCGUUGGAAUUUUCUAUGCUGAAAGAUAACAAAUGGGCGGCACAGUGGUGGAGAUAGGCAGCAUUGUGGUGUAGUGGCACUGUUGCCUCACAACCAGAAGGUCCUGAGUUCGAAUCCGGGUCAGGCCAUUUCUUGUUUAAGAGGUGACAUGAGCUGUUUGGCGGAGGUCUGCGCUCUGCGAGUGCAUUUCUAGUUUCUACAUGUAUUCAAGAGCAUGCAUGAGGUGAUGGAGAGCUGGAGUGACCUCUCAGGUUGUAGUUUUCAGCUGUCUGGGGUUGAGUUGAAGCAGGUGUGUGAGGAAAUUGUAAUGAUGGUGUCCUUGUCAUCUGGCAUCCCGAGAUGAGCCCCAUAUGGAAAGCAGCAGACAAAAAUAUCUAUAACUAGAAAAGCACUCGGAGAGCGCAGACCUCCGCCAAGCAGCUCAUGUCCCCUCUUAAACAAGAAAUGCCCUGACCGGGAUUCGAACCCGCAACCUUCUGGUAGUGAGGUGACAGUGCUAACCACAACACCACAGUGCUGCCUAUCUUCACCACUGUGCCACCCAUUUAUUAUCUUUAAGCAUUGAAAAUUCCAUGUAACCCUUAUUUUUGUGUGUUCUGGGUCACAGUAUCCAGAAUUUUGUCCAGAUCACCACCAAAAUUAAAUGGGAUCCUCCUGGGGCUGAGACGCACCUCUGGUGAAAAUUUCAGGUCAAUCCGUCUGUUACUUUCUCCGUAAAGUUGCUUAUAGACAAACAAACUCAAAAAGAUAAAAACAAACCAACAAACAAACCAACGCUACCGAAAACAUAACCUCCUUGGCGGAGGUAAAAAUCUCCAUAUUUUAUCAUAAGUGAGAGUAUUACUGUCCAUCUUAUGGUCUUUGUGCACCCUUAAGUAUCAGGUAAGCACCGAGCCACUGACUUAAGAUGUAAGACCAGGUUUUAAGGUGCAGACAUUUCCUGCAUCCCCACAAUAGUGGUGUGCCCUUCCUUUCCAGAUCACACCUAUUGGUGCUUAUGUGGAUGCAAGAUUCCUGGAAAUUUAAUAAGACUGCUCAAUUAUGGCAAAAACCACAAUCACAAAUAUUUGGUUGAUAUUGAGAUUGUGAUUAUUAAGACUGAGAAGAUGAAGAUUGAAGAUUUAGGCUUCUUUUUGUGUCACCACAUUUAUAUGCAGUUACUUAACCAGAGUUUUUGGGGGUACUGUUUUCUGCUCUUGCUAAUUUGAUCACUUCCCUACAUGUAAAUGUGUAACUAUUCCAAAGAGAUUCUUUGGUUUUACUUUGAUCAGAAACAAUCUGCAGUCUUCCUCAGAAGCUUCAGAGUAGGAAGAACAAACCACCAUGGGCUCUAUUUCCGUGCCCGCCGGUGAUGCGGCAGAGGAUGGCGGACCCCGCGCAGUGGUAUUUUCGUCUGGGGGAGCCUGGCGUACAGCCAGUUUGGUAUUUUCGUAAACUAAGGCGAACUGAGGUCUGCCAAGCUGGGCUUGGUGGCACAGCAGGAGGAGGUGUCGUUCAAACCUGGUCAGCUUUCAGCACAGGCGGAACGCAGCUGGUCUAGUGGUAUUUUGAUAGACCGGCGGCGUAUGCAACCAAUGCCUCACCGGCAGGUUUCCACAGUUUCAGGCAUAUUUCAGUGCAAAAAAUAAUCAACAACAACUAAUAUUCUGAGUCAGCACAUACGUUUAGAUCUAUAUAGAUAUAUUCUGAUCUAUAUCUGAUCUGAUGAGCACGUUUGGCACGCGUUUGGACACACAACCUGACAGUGUGUAUUUGUCCCCUCAAUGCUGCUGUCAGCUGCAACAAACAUGACUGUUUAUGAUGAGACUUCGACCACCAUGAGGGUGAGCUGGGAGGAGGCUAACGGUGCCACAGGUUACAUACUGCUGUACAAACCCAUCAACUCUUCAGAGCCCCAGCCGGUGGGCGAGGUAAGUAACUGGGUCUUUAAAUAUGACCUGUGUGAAUGUGUUUUCGAUCAGUAUAGCAUUUUGAGAGUCCUGCACACAUCUACUUACAUAUUUAUCAAUAAUUUAGAAAUCUUGCUAUGUCUCCGCCGGUAAACAACAAACAAACCAAGAAGAGGCUGUUUUUACCAGUUGAUUAAGCUGAUGAUAGUUUCUUGGAGACAAAGCUGAGAUAAUUUGCCUUGUAAGAAGUAAUCUGGUGCUGAUUGCUUAUUUCUUUCAAAUUUAAGCAUAUACUUAAAAUAAUAAAUUUACGUCAUGUUCACUCAUACCUUUAAAGCAAGCCUUGUGUUUACAGUUAUACAACUAAAUAAGUGAAUAACCAACUAAUUAACUCUUUACCUCAUAACCUCUUAUAUGAGUUUAUAAACCAAUGAACUCACGAUUUGACCAACUCACUAACAAACAAGGAAGGUGACAGAAGUGACCAACAGUCUGUCUGAAGGUCCUUAAACACUGGGACCGUUUUUGUCGUGGGAUUAUUUCGGACGUCAAUAUUUUUUUUCGAACCCGUAUCCUGUCAAUACAAGCGUUUACAACAGCGACGUUUCCCCAUCCUGCGAAAUUGCAGCAUUUAUUUUUUCAGUUCACGGUCGAUUUUUCUAAAGUUUCGUGUACUGUGUUUCCACUUCUGACUAAUCAGAUUGUGUGUUGUUGCGACGUCUGAUUCACCGUUAUAUCCAACUUGGCCGACCGGCUGAUUAUUUACGUGUCUGAGAACAGAGUGCUUUUUGAUAAAAGACACAAAUAUUACAAAGAUAACAACCUGAAGGACAACUUGUGGGGAGUCAUGGCAUCGGAUUUCUGAUAUGACGAUGGUUUGUGUGCUUUAACAGUUUGCUAAACGUCUUUGUUUUAACUUUCAUCUGUGCUAACGUAAGCUAACGGUUGUUACCAUAGUUUAAUGUGCUUAUCUGGUAGUGGCCCCGACUCAGUACAUGCUAUCAUGACAGAAAGCCAUCUCAACAUUAGUGUCUAAUCAGAACUGAAAACAACUAGCGACCGUGGUACAGUUUCAGCUCCUGAACUAAGCAGUGAAACUCACCAAGUUCUCUUCUUUUUUGUAAUAUUGGAUGCACCCAUGUGCUACGUUUCUUUUUCUUUUGAGAAAGCAAAAGGAGUACCAAUUAGCCAUCACUUGAAGUUGAAGUAGACUCCACACUUGUCUUCUCACUUCCAGCCGGGACACUGUAGUAUGGUAAGGGAAGGGCCCGCCCUCCUUCGCCUCCGAUUGGCUAUAAAUGCUGACCGUUUGGCUUGAGCGUGUGGUGACGUUUCCAGCUUUUCUAGCCAAUCAGAGGCGAAGGAGGCAGGAUUUUUCCCCUGGAAAAGUCUUUCCCGGGAUGCGUCUUUUUCCCCCGGGAAAGUCGCAAAAUCACAUCGGGCUUUAUGUGUAUAAUCAGAUGCGUCAAAAUUUGCCUCCGAAUAUUUCAUGAUUUCGCGUUCUAUAUUCCUGUCGGCCCCGGUGUGUAACCAACAAACAAAUUAACUAACUAGGGGUGUCCAGAUAAAACUUUUUUACUUCAGGUACAAUACUGAUAUUUGAGCUUUCAAAAUUGAUCCCAUAUUGGCACAAACUUGUGCAUGACAAGUUUUGCACUCUUCUGCAACCUUUUUUUUGGACUUCAACGAAAAAUACUGCCAAACCACUAACAUCACACCUACUCCUUUCCACUUGGUUGGUACCUUAGUACACACUGUUGUGCUCACAUGGGCUCUUCAUGCUGGAUCUGGGCACUGCUAGAUAGAAGUGCUGGAGUGGGUCUGGAAUGGACUGCUUGUAUUGGAGUACUUACAUUAGAGAUUUUAGAUGCAGGCAGAUAUAAUCCGAUAUUUUUUUUUUUUUUUGGCAGAUAUCAGACCGAUAUCCGCUAUCAAUAUCCUAUUAGUUAUAGGAUAUUGAUAUCGGAUAUCCUAAAAUAAACUAACUCACUGGCUGACUGACUAACUAGCCAACUAAUCUACUGACUGAUUUAAAAAUUUAUGCAGGACUUAAUAAAUUUACGAACUGACAAAGUUUUGAACUAGCAAGAUGACAAAAGUUACUAACAGCCUGUCUGGCUAAAUGUCUCACAAAACAAACUAACCACUUAACUAACUUAAUGGUUAAUUGACAGAAGUGACCUUCAUUAGCCAGGUUCACAAAGAAACUACAUAAGAAAAUAUACCGACAGUUUACUCUUGUACAACUUCUUAAAAAAAACAUCUAAUUACUGUAAAUUUGAGCACUACCUGCUUGCAGAUGAUACUUUACUCCUAACCAGUCUAGAAACUCUGUCCUUGUCUCAGAAACUGUGACUUGCUGCUGUUUGUUUUGGUUGUACCGAGACAAAUUUACACUGAAAUUACUUAAAACUGAUCAGGCUAUUGAUUUUUUAGUUUGACUGCAUGUUAGUCGUCCCCAAAAUGUCAGCAACACAAGGACAAAAAGACACUCUGGGUUUAAACCCUACGAACCAUAGAGACUCAAUGGUAGACGAGAACAAACUCACACACAUCUUGCUUUUGCACUCAGUAUUUCCACAUUAAUUUUUUAAGAACAAGCUCCUGCUUGAGCUGCUUAAUGUCUCCAGAUGUCGAGCUUUUCUCUCUCUCUCUCUCUAUCCAUCUAUUCCUCUUCUUUCUCUCUUUCUCUCUCUGCAGGUACAUGCUGGGGGUGACGUAACAAAUGUCCUGCUGGAGAACCUGAUACCCAACACGGCCUAUGCCUUCAGACUGUACGUGCUGCGCAGAGAGGAUGCCAUCCAACGUCUGGAGGGGACAGGAGUCACACGUGCUUAA